AUGUCUGCUUCGUGUGUGCUCCCCAUGUGUGUGCGAGCGAGCCGGGGCCUCCUCAGGCUCCGCGGCGAGGUGGACUUCGUACGCACGCUGUCCACGAACAAACCGCCGGCCGGUCACGACGGUGCGACGGGCGGGCUAGCCCAAGCCAUUCUCCAGGAGCGGCUCCAACAACAGAGUCAGGGUCAGCCCCCUCCCGCGCCUGCAGAGGGCGCCCAAAGCGCGGGUGAGCAGGCGGGUGGCGACAAGAAGCAGAAGGAGAACACGGCCUACGCCAAGAAGAUGGUGUUGAGGUUAGCGGGCCUCAUGGGCCUAGGAGGCGCCGUUAGCGUCGUCUACAUAUUCGGGACCAAUUCGGUGGACGAGCACGGAAAGGCGAUUCCUGAUGAGUUCGACAAAGAUCCGCCAGUGGUCCAACAGUUGAAGAGAACCGUCAAGUACUUCCAAGACUACAGACAGAUGAUCAUCGAGCCCACCAGUCCCAAACUUCUGCCAGAUCCAUUGAAGGAGCCUUACUACCAACCACCGUACACGCUGGUCCUGGAGCUCACCGACGUUCUGCUCCACCCCGAGUGGUCGCUGGCAACCGGCUGGCGCUUCAAAAAAAGGCCGGGCAUCGACUAUCUCUUCCAGCAGCUGGCGCCACUCUACGAGAUCAUCAUCUUCACUGCCGAGACCGGCAUGACGGCAUACCCGUUGAUCGACGGCAUCGACCCGCAAGGUUUUGUCCUCUAUCGCCUCUUCAGAGACGCCACGCGAUACAUGGAGGGACAUCAUGUCAAGGACGUGUCGUGUCUGAACCGCGACGGGAGCAAAGUGAUCGUGGUGGACUGCAAGCGCGAAGCUUUCCGCCUGCAGCCCUUCAACGGGAUGGCGCUCAAGAAGUGGGACGGCAACUCGGACGACCGCACGCUCUACGACCUGGCCCACUUCCUCAAGACCAUCGCGCUGAGCGGCGUGGAGGACGUGCGCUCGGUGUUGGAGAACUACGCCACCGAAGACGACCCCAUCGACGCCUUCAAGCGGAGGCAGGCUCAGUUGGCGCAGGAGGAAGAGCAACGCGCGGGCGACGGGUCGCAGCCCAAGAAAUCGGGAUUGUCCCUGGGAUCCAUCGCGUCCCGCUUCUGGCGCUCCAAACAGCAGUGA